AUGGAUUCAGAGCAGAAGCUGGAGCUCAGCCUGUUUCCAAGGCAGGGUAACAACGAGGAGGAAAAUGACUCACGACCUGUCAGAGUCAUGGGAAUGUGGGCAGAACAUGGUACCACGGGGCGCUGCAGGAGAGACAUCACAAAUGAGGCUCUGCCCCUGCGCCCUACUCAUGAUAUGGAAGAUAUUCACGAUGCUGAAGAUAUUCAGGAUAAACGCCUGUCGACCAGCGGCUGGUCCGUUCAGGUCCCGUCUGACGUUACUGGUGAAUUCGGGAAGACGGCUGUUCUGCCCUGCACCUUCACGCACCCCUACAAAACCAUCGACCGGACCCUCACGGCCAUCUGGAGGAUCAGGGAGCCCUACAACGGGACGGUCGUGUUCAAGUGCGUCACCCAAGGCGCCGGAGAGCUCUGCAAGACGGCUGUCAGCUACAAAAACAAGUACAAGCUGCUCGGCAACCCGCGGCACAAGGAUCUCACCAUCAGGAUCGACAACCUGACCUGGAGCGACAGCGAGAGGUAUUUCUGCCGCGUGGAGCUCUCCGGAGACAUCCACGACAAAUACGAAAGUGUAGAGAGUGCCAGGAGACACACGUGGCCUCAGGGACAGGCUCAGACCUUAAUCAAGCGUGCAGGGAUACUGUAUUUGUACAUAUUGCUCACCAGCGGGAGCCACCAGGUCACCAAGGAGCUCCAGCACCUGGCGCAGGACGGCAAAUACACCUGCACCGCCGUCAACAGCCACGGCCGGGCCGAGGGGGCCGUCUACUUCUACAAAUUCAAAGCGGCCAACAGCGACCUGCUCCUGAUCCUCAUUUUUGUGCCGCUGGGAAUUAAAGUACUUGUUUUGCUGGCGCUCGUGGGCUUCACUGUGUUCUGGAGAGGAGCAUUUUAUAACUAUGAUGUAGUAAAGAGUAGCUUUGCAGCCCUCUCUGACCACCCUGCUGACUCUCAUCUUCCUUCUCCAUUAACAGGUCCCUUCACUACCCCAACCAGCCUGGCCCGGACUCCAAACACUAGCUGUAAACCAGAUACUGAAAGACUGCCCGCUGUAGAAGAGAGGAUCCACAUCCACGAAUAUUAG